GGGUUUUAUCCUCUCAGGAGAUGCCACUGCAUCUUUUCAGAGGUCCAAGGAAACCUUGCCUGGGCCUCUCAGCUAGGUUCAUGGCGACACUAGGUCUUAGGUAUGACGUGAUCUCCUGAGCAUGUGAUGGCUUUCUGAUGUUUUUUUUUGUGCCAUUUCUCUUCUUUCAGAGCCUGAGAAGCCAACUGGGGCCAACCAAGUUUCAGAACCUCUCCUGUUUGGCACCAACAUCACCAGGGAUGAACUGUUUUUGCCAGAUAAUCCUCUGUUCCUGACAGCACAUCCCUCCCCAGACAGAAGAGAAGAGAGGGAGGUGCCGCCUUGGUCCAGCUCAAGCAUUUCCAAGAGGCUUCCUCUGGAUGCGACGUCGAGGCCGCCCUUCUGCCGUAGCACAGACCUGGUGAUUACCGAGUGCGUGAACAUGGCUUUGCUCAGCAACAUCCUAGCGGCCUAUUCCUUUGUCUCAGAAAAUCCUGAGCGAGCAGCUCUGUACUUUGUCUCCGGCGUGUGCAUCGGGCUGGUGCUCACCCUGGCUGCCUUGGUGAUGAGGAUCUCUUGCCACACGGACUGCCGGCAGCGUUCCCGGAAGAAGUGCCUGCAGGACCGAGAGAAUAGCAGCGACAGCAGCGACAGCGAGGAUGGCAGCUCAGACACGGCGUCUGACAUCUCGGUCAGGAGGCACCGCCGCUUCGAAAGGACUUUGAACAAGAACGUGUUCACCUCGGCCGAGGAGCUGGAGCGCGCCCAGCGGCUGGAGGAGCGGGAGCGCAUCAUCAGGGAGAUCUGGAUGAACGGCCAACCCGAGGUUCCCGGGACCAGGAGCUUGAACCGCUAUUACUAGGGGCGGGAGCCCAAGCCCGCGCGCCGCAGGAAGCCGUCGGCAAGGGCCAGGGGCUGCAGGGCGGGUGGGCACAGAGCUUAACGUAGUUCUGCUGCAGUCCUGGGGGCAGAGAUAAGAGGGCACGCCCAUUUUCUAGCCAGGAGGACUGAGCUUUCCUUUUCGACUAAAUUUAUGGAGAAGUAGAAAAACCAAGUCAGUUCAUCAAUCUUUGCAGGUCGUAGGAUGGUGCUGAAAAACCCUCUCUAGCAAUCUGGAUGGAGAUUAGAGAAACGGGACUGUGGUUUCUCUUGAUUUCUGAGGAUCUCAGAAGUUUCUGCAGACUUCAUUGCUAUGUGUUACUCCUUUACACAAGGAAGAUUGUCAUGGCAUGAAGGCUAGGAGUAGCAGGGUGAACUUAACCCAGUUAAAUUCCAUUUUCUAAAUGACCCCAUGCUAUGGAGGUGACUGUCAUCCAGAUAGCAUGAUUUAUGAUUAUUAUUUAAGGCUGAUUUUUAAAAAUCUUGUGUUGCAAUGGCAACCUUGUCCAUUUUAACUGGCACCUCAGGGAUUAAAAUCCUAUUUUUUAGUAUAGUUCCCACCUCAUUCAUGAAAAUGGGUAGAAUUAAUGUAUUAUGGGAAAUGUGUCAGUGAGCUAGAAAAUAUCAAUAACCUCAAAGGAUGAAGGGUUUUAUUUUAAAUAGUUUAUAAAAUAUAUAUUAAUGUGCGUAUUUGAGGAUGGUGCAUAAGAAUAAAAGCUGUGUUUUCCCCCUUUUUGGAGAGAAGAAAUUUUGUUAUGACUCUAGAUAAUUAUGAUUUUAAACAUUUUGUUAAAAAAAAAGUUUGGAUUUCCAAGAAAAGAAUGGGAAUAGGAGAUGAGGAAUAAAGCCAAAAUUAGGAUGAGAUUAAAAAAAAAAUAAAUGCUACA